AUGGACGCCACGUCCGCGAGGAUGGACAGCAAAGUCUCCCCCGUCCUUGCAGAGGGCAGACAGGCAGCCAGGAAGGAGCAGUCCAUGACCCUCUGGCAGGCUUUGCGGCUAUACCCGAAAGCUGUUGGCUGGUCAGUCCUCCUUUCAUCUACUCUGAUCAUGGAAGGGUAUGACCUCGCAUUGCUGAGCUCAAUGUACGCAUCACCUGCGUUCAACCAAAAGUUCGGAGAACAGACUCCCUCCGGAAAAUGGGCUGUUCCGGCUUCCUGGCAAUCCGGCCUUUCCAAUGGUGCACGUUGUGGUGAAGUAAUUGGACUUCUGAUCAAUGGUUUGGUCUCUGAACGCCUGGGGUAUCGCAAGACCAUGGUCUGUGCCUUGGCCACCAUCACGGCAGUCAUCUUUCUGUUUUUCUUCGCAGUCAAUGUCCAGAUGUUGCUAGCCGCCGAAAUUCUCGCGGGUAUCCCUUGGGGUAUCUUCCAGACCUUGCCAGCCGCCUACGCCUCCGAGGUUUGCCCGGUAGUCCUGCGACCUUACCUGACAACUUUCAUCAACAUGUGUUGGGUAUUCGGGCAGUUCGUGGCCAUUGGUGUCAACCGCGGCUCUAUUUCUCGCGAUGACCAAUGGGCCUGGCGCAUUCCUUUUGGCGUGCAAUGGGUGUGGCCAAUCCCAAUCAUGAUCGGCUGUCUUUUCGCACCUGAAUCCCCAUGGUGGCAUGUGCGCCAGGGCAAUGUGCAAGGAGCUCGACGAGCAUUGCAGCGGUUGACAUCGUCUAAUGACCCCAACUUUGACCCCGAAGAGACGAUUGCUAUGAUUCAACACACCAACGAAUUGGAGAAAUCGCUUUCUAGUGGGACCACAUAUUGGGACUGCUUCAAGGGAACAAAUCUUCGCCGAACUGAGGUAGUUUGUCUUGUCUGGUUAGUGCAGACCCUGUGUGGCCAGAACUUGAUGGGUUAUUUCGCCUACUUCUGUGUCCAAGCAGGCCUGCCCACCGUUGAAUCUUUCAAUUUGUCCCUGGGACAAUACGGUCUCGGCGUUUUGGGUACAAUGGGAUCGUGGUUCCUGAUGUCCUACGCGGGCCGUCGAACCAUCCACAUCUCCGGUCUCGCUAGUCUUUUCGUCCUUCUGGUCAUUACAGGAUCUCUAUCUUUUGCACCGGGAGACAAUAACGCAGCCAAAUGGGCAAUCGGGGUGAUGCUCAUUAUUUUCACAUUCUGCUAUGAUAUCAGCGUUGGCCCCGUCACAUACUCUCUUGUCUCGGAACUAUCCUCUACCCGUCUCAAAGCCAAGACUAUCGUCCUCGCCCGGUGUCUAUACAACAUCAGCAACAUUGUCGUCAACGUCCUGACCAACUAUCAGCUCAACUCCACGGCCUGGAACUGGGGUGCUCGGUGUGCCUAUUUCUGGGCUGGCACGUGUCUAGCCUCCCUGGUCUGGGCAUACUUCCGGCUCCCCGAGCCGAAGGGCCGCACGUAUGAGGAACUGGAUUUACUCUUUGAGCGCGGAGUUCCGGCAAGGAAAUUCGCGACCACCGUCGUUGAUCCGUAUGAGGGAGAGGUGACGGAGGUCCAUGAGGCGCAUGCAGAUAAAGAUUGA